CCUUGAAUUCACACACACACGGCAAAAUAUAUCAUAUAAAGACUUGUGAUUCUUCCCCAUCUUAUCUUUUUCCUAUCAUAUUCAUCUGCAACAACACCCUCAAAUUUCAUUUAAGAUAUUUAUACUUAUAUGGAGCAUGGACACCUUCAUCAUAUCAGUGGUAGUUUGGAUAGCAUAGCCAGCGGAGGUGGCGGCGCCAGUGACAGGAUUUUGCAAUGGAGUGUCCAAGAAACGCGCGAUUUCCUGAUGAUACGCGCAGAAAUGGAUCAGAAUUUUGUGGAAACAAAACGUAAUAAGCUUCUAUGGGAAGUGACGUCGAGAAAGAUGAUGGAUCGCGGGUAUAAUCGCAGUGCUGAGCAGUGCAAAGCUAAAUGGAAGAACCUUGUGACACGUUAUAAGGGUUGUGAGACGAUGGAAGAUGAACUUAUGAGGCAACAAUUUCCAUUCUACAAUGAUUUGCAAGCGAUUUUCGAAGCUCGAAUGCAGAAGAUGCUAUGGAUGGAAGCAGAGGGCCUAGUGAGCGGAUCUAAAAAGAGAGUAACACAUUUAUCUUCAGAUGAGGACGAUGACGAUGACAAUGAAGAAAGCGGUCUAGAAAGAAUACACAGUGGCAAGAACAAGAAAAAGAAGUCUAUAAAGAGUAGCAAUGGAAACAAUCCUAGUGGUAGUACUUCUAGUAACACCAAGGAGAUACUCGAGGAAUUCAUGAAGCAACAAAUGCAAAUAGAGAUGCAAUGGAUGAAAACAUUCGAAGAAAAAGAAGAAGAGAGGAGACUGAAGGAGAUCGAAUGGCAACAAAGGAUGGAGUCCCUCGAGAACGAAAGAAUAAUGUUGGAACAAAGGUGGAGAGAGCGCGAAGAACAACGGAUGAUGAGAGAAGAAGCAAGAUCUGAAAAACGUGACGCGCUUCUUAAUGCCUUGUUUGACAAGCUUAAUAGGGAAGGAAUGUAAUUCAAGUUCAUUAUUCAUUAUUUUGGUUUUAAUGGUUACAAUUUUCUUUAUAAUAAUUUAAAGUUUUAUCGCUCACAAAAUAGAUUACAUAAAGUCGAG